CCUCGCACCCACCCGCCCUUUUCAAGAACAAGGGGGGAAAUCACAGACGUCAAUCAAGAAAUACUGCAAAAUAAAAUGGACCCUCCCGGCAGCCGAGGCAUCGCGCAGAGCAGCGGUGAGGCUCUGGCACUCUGCUGGCAGCCUCCGGCGCCGCCAGCCCUGCAGCUCCGCCGCUGACCGGGGAGCGCACGGGGCUCCGCAGCCCGGCUCUUUCCUUCCCUCCCUUCCCAAACUGUCAGGCACAAAUGGGCAGGAGGAUAUUGGCUGCAAGGGGCGCGGAGGCUCCUCCCAGAGCCUGGAUCCCGAUAUUUUUGGAGGAUUUCUUCUAACUCAGUUACAAACCUUGGUGAAGGGAACAAGUUGCCCCUGUAGCGGAGGCAGAAAGCGCCUCUGCUUGAGGGGAGCACGGCUCUCGCUCCUUCUUUCGCCUUCCCAAGGCUACCUUGGAUGCUUCACCUCACUUGCGGAUGAGAGCUGUGCUGGCUAUAGGGGGGGAACCGCUCCUGAUUUGGAUGUUGCUGUUUUUGUGAAAACAAGGGUUGUAAGGGAAUGAAAGGGGAGACAAUGAAGAAAAACCGACCGGGAGAGAACCCCAGCCCCAAGCGUUUUCCCGAGAACUGACGGGUGUUUUGGGGCUGAGCGAUCCCGUCGGAGGCGGCGGAGGGAGCAAGCCUGCCCGCUUCGCGGGGGACUUCCUGGGACCGGCUAUUCCCUUCGGAUGCGGACUGGGAAACCUGUAGGAAAUUCUCCCGCCGCCCUGCGAAGCCACCAUGAAUUCAGUGGCUGGAAAUAAGGAGAGGAUUGCGGUCACGGCGCGGAGCAGAAAAUAUGGGGUGACCGAGCCCUGCUCCCCCACCAAGCCCGCCGCCCCCUUCUCCCCCGAGAGCUGGUACCGGAAGGCGUACGAGGAGUCCCGGGCGGGCGGCCGCCCGGCGCCGGAGGGAGCUGGCUCUGCCCUGGGCUCCUCCGGCACCCCGUCCCCCGGCUCCGGCACCUCCUCGCCGGGCUCCUUCACCGGCUCGCCGGGACCCGCCUCGCCCGGCAUCGGCACCAGCUCUCCCGGCUCCCUGGGCGGCUCGCCGGGCUUCGGCACCGGCUCGCCGGGCUCCGGCAGCGGCGGCGGCUCCUCGCCGGGCUCGGACCGCGGCGUCUGGUGCGAGCACUGCAACGCCCGCCUGGCGGAGCUGAAGAGGCAGGCGCUGAAGCUCCUCAUCCCCGGGCCCGUCAGCAGCAAGGACCCAGGUUUCUCUUCGGUGAUUCACGAGAAGCUCCAAGUUCCCAAUACCAUUCGUAAGGCCUGGAACGAGAAGGACAACAGAUGUGAUGUUUGUGCCACACACCUGAACCAGCUGAAGCAAGAGGCCAUUCAGAUGGUGCUGACCUUGGAGCAAGCUGCCAACUCAGAACAUUACGAUGCCUCACCAGGCUCUCCCCCACCUCUCUCCAAUGUCCCCACGCUGGUGAGUCCCCGGCACAUGGGCAGCCUGCAGCCCAGGGACUGGGCAUACGUGCCUGCUCCUUAUGCUCCAUCCAAUUACACAGGCUUUGUUGCCAACAAACACAGUGGAAAACCCAACAGUCUAGGAAUUGGAAAUGGGGUGGAGAAAAAAAAUGGCUCUCCUGGACACCAAGCCAAGGUCAGCUUUCAAAUGGCCACCAGCCCCAGCAAUGGUAAUGUUCUCAACUCUGUGGCCAUCCAGGCCCACCAGUACCUUGACGGCACCUGGUCUUUGUCAAGAACAAAUGGAGUCACUCUCUACCCCUACCAAAUAUCUCAGUUUAUGACAGAGACUGGUCGAGAGGGCCUGACCGAAGCAGCACUGAACCGCUACAAUGCAGACAAACCCUCCCUGUACAGCUUCCCUGCUUCCCAGAGCGCAUAUGUUGCCAGUGAAGUAUCCACAGGCUCCUCGGUGGCAGCAUCAUUUUUUGCCAGAGCUGCUCAGAAAUUGAACCUGUCUUCCAAAAAGAAGAAGCACAGGCCUUCUGCAUCCUCUGUUCCUGAAUCUCCUCUCUUCUCUACCUGCUUCAGCAGUAUCCUACAGACUUCCCCACCCCCUGCACCACCAUGUUUGUUGAGGGCAGUCAGCAAAGUCAAAGACACUCCUGGUUUGGGCAAGGUCAAAGUCAUGGUGCGCAUUUCUUCCACGCUUGCCAGAGACACGUCUGAGUCCAGCUCUUUCCUAAAAGUUGACCCCCGCAAGAAGCAAAUCACGCUGUAUGACCCGUUGGCCUGCGGAGGUCAGAAUGCUUUCCAGAAAAGGGGCAGCCAGGUUCCACCCAAGAUGUUUGCUUUUGAUGCAGUUUUCCCUCAGGAUGCAUCACAGGCUGAAGUAUGUGCUGGGACUGUGGCUGAGGUGAUCCAGUCUGUGGUCAAUGGGGCAGAUGGCUGCGUGUUCUGCUUUGGUCAUGCCAAGCUUGGGAAGUCAUACACCAUGAUUGGGAAGGAUGAUUCCAUGCAAAACCUUGGAAUAAUUCCUUGUGCCAUCUCGUGGCUAUUCAAGUUGAUUAAUGAACGCAAAGAGAAGACAGGAGCGCGCUUCUCAGUCCGGAUUUCUGCAGUGGAAGUGUGGGGGAAAGAAGAAAAUCUGAGGGACCUGUUGUCAGAAGUGGCUACAGGCAGCCUGCAAGAUGGCCAGUCCCCAGGUGUCUACCUUUGUGAAGACCCCAUUUGUGGCAUGCAGCUUCAGAACCAGAGUGAGCUCCGUGCCCCCACGGCAGAGAAGGCCGCCUUCUUCCUGGAUGCCGCCAUCGCCUCCCGGCGCAGCAGCCAGCGGGACUGCGACGAGGAGGAUCACCGCAACUCCCACAUGCUCUUCACGCUGCACAUCUACCAGUACCGCAUGGAGAAGAGCGGCAAGGGCGGAAUGUCUGGAGGUCGCAGCCGCUUGCACCUUAUUGACCUGGGCAGCUGCGUGAAAGUGCUCGGCAAGAACCGCGAGGGGAGCUCCGGCCUCUGCCUCUCCUUGCCAGCGCUGGGCAAUGUCAUCCUCGCCCUUGUCAAUGGCAGCAAACACAUCCCAUACAAAGACAGCAAGCUGACCAUGUUGCUCCGAGAGUCCUUGGGGAAUAUGAACUGCCGCACCACGAUGAUUGCUCACAUUUCAGCCGCCGCGGGCAACUACGCUGAGACGCUCUCCACCAUCCAGAUUGCCUCAAGGGUCCUCAGGAUGAAGAAAAAGAAAACUAAGUACACAUCAAGUUCUUCUGGAGGAGAGAGCUCUUGUGAGGAGGGCCGGAUGCGGAGGCCAACCCAGCUGAGGCCUUUCCAUUCUAGAAACACUGUGGACCCAGACUUCCCUAUUUUGCAUUUAUCAAGUGAUCCUGAUUAUUCAUCCAGCAGUGAGCAGUCGUGUGACACGGUGAUUUACGUUGGCCCCAAUGGCACUGCACUUUCUGACAAGGAAUUGACAGAUAAUGAGGGUCCCCCUGACUUCGUUCCCAUAGUUCCUGCUCUGCAAAAGACCAAAAAUGAGGGCAGGUUGGAGGAAGUUAGUGAAUCAGGGCCCAGCACAUCUGAAAGAGACUGCCUGAAGUGCAACACCUUUGCAGAGCUCCAGGAGAGACUGGAUUGCAUAGAUGGCAGUGAAGAGACCGACAAAUUUCCCUUUGAAGAGAUGCCUGCUCAAUUUAGCUCAGACCAGAUGUCUAAGUGUGCUGUCUCAAGCCAGCUGGCAGAGCUUAGCCACUUACCAGAGUCAGAUAAGGAAGAUACAAUGCCAGAAUGUCAGCAUCCUGAUAGAGAAGCCAAGGAAAAUACAAAUACAACACCCAGCAAAACUAGGAGGAAUCACUCCCCUGUUCCUUCUGGAGCUCUUACCAAUCUUUCAACUCCUUCAUCUCCCAGGAGUGUAACAGGCAGCUCUAGUAAAGAGCUUAACUCUUGUCAGUUAGCACACAGCACCAGUUUGCAGAGCAGCAGAGAAGGGCUCAACACCUCUGGAUUUGUGGAAGGCAAACCUCGGCCAAUGGGCUCACCCCGGCUUGGCAUUGCAAGCCUCUCAAAGACAUCUGAGUAUAAGCCACCAACUUCUCCUUCCCAGAGGUGCAAGGUCUACACACAGAAAGGAGUGCUGCCCAGCUCCACUCCCCCACCAGCUCCCCUGAGUAAGGAUGCUGCCAUGACAUCUACUGAAUCUUUAUUACAGCCAGAAAUCCGGACCCCACCUGUAGGCAUGAGCCCUCAGAUUAUGAAAAAGUCAGUGUCGUCCAACAAUGGGGAUUUUGAAGAGACCGUUCUCAAUGAAGAUGAGCAACAAAACAUUUCUCCAGAAUCCAAGAAAGAGAUUCUGAGCACAACCAUGGUGACUGUGCAGCAGCCAUUGGAGCUGAACGGAGAGGAUGAGCUUGUGUUCACCCUCGUGGAAGAGCUGACCAUUAGUGGUGUCCUUGACAAUGGGCGCCCGACCAGUAUCAUCAGUUUUAACAGUGACUGCUCCGUGCAGGCUUUGGCCUCUGGCUCUAGGCCAGUCAGUAUUAUCAGCAGUAUCUCUGAAGAUCUUGAGUGUUACUCCAAUGCAGCUCCUGUGUCUGAAGUCAGCAUCACACAGUUCCUUCCUCUUCCAAAGCUGAGUCUGGAUGACAAACCCCAAGAUGAUGGCAGCAGGCGCUCAUCCAUCAGCUCGUGGCUGAGUGAAAUGAGCACGGGCAGUGAUGGUGAACAGUCGUGCCACAGCUUCAUAGCCCAGGCGUGCUAUGGGCAUGGGGAAGCUAUGGCAGAACCUCCCGUCUCCGAGUUUGCAAGCACCAUACAAAGCGCCAGCAUGAUUUGUGUAAGUGACAAACAGAAGUCAGUGACUGACAACAUGCUUAUAAUGUCGGAAAUGGGGGAGGAAGCUUUCGGCAAAGUGCCACCCAUCAAAGGCUGUAAAAUAUCAGCUCUAGGCAAAACAACUGUCACAAUCAAAAACACAGCAAGUCUCAGCAGCUGUGAGGGCUACAUCCCAAUGAAGACGAACAUUACUGUGUAUCCAUGUAUUGCUGUUAAUUCCUUCAAAGCUCAAGACACUGAUGAUGCUGUACCGGCUGUAACUGCAGACCCAAAGGCUGUUCAUACCCAUGAUGGGAAAGAAUCCAUUGCUAAGAAGGUUAUCAAAUUUGAAGACCCUUGGUUAAAGAGAGAAGACGAUGUUAAAAAGGACAGCUCUGGGAGCAGUGAUGGGCCAAGACCUGAUACAGUGGUGGUUUCAGCUAAGCCUGAGCACAGCACAAAACAGUCCUCUGUGGACAGGUUUAGCACCAGCAGUGGGGACACCUCUAAUUCCCCAGGAUCUGACAGUCUAAAAAGGAUUGUGGAUGGGUGUGAGGUGGCAGCAUCCAGCUCUGCAACCCACAGCCCUGUUCAUUCCAGUGAUGGCUUGAAGAAUUGCAGCCUCCCUCGAGGCCUCCCAAAGGCAAGCAAGGUGGAGGAAUCUGACAGUCAUCUCCAUCCUACUUUUACUGACAGCAGUGGAGUCAGUUCUCCUGCCCUCUCCCAGUUUUCUAAGGCUAGUCUUGACAAGAAAAUGGCCUCUCCCAAACACUGCAUACUCACUCGUCCCAAAGGGACCCCUCCUCUGCCACCUGUGAGAAAGUCAAGUUUGGAUCAGAAGAACAGAGCCAGCCCCCAGCACAGUGCAGCCAACAGCACCACGAGCAGUCCCUCCAGCCAGCCUGUGUCCUUCCUGGCUAGCUUCCCUGAGGAGCAGAAUGCCAAACUAAAAGGCCCCGGCAUAGAUAGCAGCAUCAACAACAGCAGCAGCAAGCUCUUCAGUGCCAAGCUGGAGCAGCUCGCCAGCAGGACCAACUCCCUAGGGAGGUCCACAGGAAGCCACUAUGAGUGUUUGUCACUGGAAAGAGCAGAAAGUCUGUCCUCUGUGAGCUCCAAAAUGAGCCCUGGCAGAGACACCACCAUGCCUAGGGCUGGGAGGAGCCUCAGCCGCAGUGCCAUGUCCUCACCCACCAACUCGGGCCUCUCCCAGUCUGCAGGCGCCUCCCCAAAAGCCAGCCAGUCAAAGAUCUCUGCUGUCAGCAAGCUCCUGCUGGCAAGUCCCAAGGCCCGCAGCCUCUCUGCCUCUGCCACCAAAACGCUCAGCUUCUCCACCAAGUCUCUGCCUCAGUCUGUGGGGCAGAGCUCCAGUUUGCCCCCAAGUGGGAAGAACAUGUCCUGGUCAAUGCAGUCCCUCAGCAGAAGCCGGGGCUCCAGCCUUGCUUCCAAAUUGCCCCUUCGAGCUGUCAAUGGGCGGAUUUCAGAGCUGCUCCAAGGGAGCACCAGUGCCAGAGGCGUUCAGCUGCCGGGAAGCCUGGAGACAGAUGAGCGCGGGGGCCUUCCCGGAGAUGAGAAGCCAGCUGCUCCCAUGCUGCCUUCACCCUACAGCAAGAUCACCCCUCCUCGGAAACCGCACCGCUGCAGCAGUGGCCACGGCAGCGACAACAGCAGCGUCCUGAGCGGGGAGCUGCCCCCUGCCAUGGGGAAAACAGCCCUCUUCUACCACAGCGGGGGCAGCAGUGGCUACGAGAGCAUGAUGAGGGACAGCGAGGCGACGGGGAGCGCCUCCUCAGCGCAGGACUCCAUGAGCGAGAACAGCAGCUCUGCCAGCGGCAGAUGCCGCAGCCUGAAAACCCCAAAGAAACGACUGAAUGCAGGUUCACAGAGGAGGAGGCUCAUUCCAGCUUUAUCCCUUGACACUGCCUCCCCAGCGAGGAAGCCUGCCAGCAGCCCCGGGGUGCGCUGGGUGGAUGGGCCACUGCGGAACGGGCAGAGGGGGCUGGGGGAGCCCUUUGAGAUCAAAGUCUAUGAGAUAGAUGAUGUGGAGAGGCUCCAGCGACGGCGAGGUGGGGACAGCAAGGAGGUGAUAUGUUUCAAUGCCAAGCUGAAAAUCCUGGAGCACCGCCAGCAGAGAAUCGCUGAGGUCAAGGCCAAGUAUGAGUGGUUAAUGAGAGAACUAGAGGUGACCAAACAGUACCUGAUGCUGGAUCCUAAUAAGUGGCUCAGUGAAUUUGAUCUGGAGCAGGUAUUUGAGCAGGAUUCUCUGGAAUACCUGGAGGCCCUGGAAUGUGUGACUGAGCGUUUGGAAAACCGUGUCAACUUCUGCAAGGCCCAUCUCAUGAUGAUCACCUGUUUUGACAUCACCUCUAGACGCCGAUAAAGGAUGAACCUCAAGAGAAUUUCAGUGCACAUCUCUGCCAUCCUCCUUUUCCCUUCCAAACAGCAUCCCAAAGACAAAAGAAUGAGGAUGAAGGUUGGAGUCAAGUCUCAGCUGUGUGUAUGAGAGAUUUGCUAUACUAUACAGAGGAGUAGUAUUAAAAAACAAACAGAACAAGCAUGGAAAAUGGAGAUAGAAGGUUGUUGAUACUCUUAGCCUAAAAGAGCACUUUGUGGAACCUUUUAAGGACAUAUCUGUAAAUAAGAACUGCUGGCAGAAGACACUUCUUUCCCUGCAUUAGCUGAGGAAGGAGGAAAGGUGGUUGUGGGACUUCCAUUGAGAGGUUCAUUAAAAGAAAACCUAUCCAGAAAAACUAUUCAAGUGCCUUGCAAAUCUUUGUUAUCCAAACAUUUAUGUUCAUACUUUAUUGUGUACAGAUGGUGCUAGUCAAGAAAAGAAAAAGGAAAAAAAAAAAACAAAUACAAUUUUGAAAUGUAUUUACAGCUUGUUUUUCUCUUGGUGUUUUCUCCUAUUUCAGACUUGCUGUUUCUAAGUAACUUGUGUUUGUAGAGAUAUUUCCUAAUCAGUACAACAUAUGAAUAAAUGUUAACUGUCUUUUCUUGUUACCAGAGUAAGGCCACUCAAAGAGAAAUUUAGCUUUCCUAGAUGACACAAACAUAUUUCUAGCAGAGAAUAAGGUUUGUUUAAAUGCUGUUCUGUACUCUCUUAUAUGCUGGAGAGCACCAUUAUUUUCCCAGCCUGUUUUGCAGUGUAUGAGAGAGAAGUGACAUUACUGUGAAGUAAAUAUCUUUUCAAUUUGAUCCAAACCCCAUUACUUGUUUUCUUGUUCAUAUGUUUUGCUUUGUACUGGCUGGAGUUAUGAAUGACAAGGUACUUUUAUCCUAACCCCUUUUCCUGGUGCUAGUAACUUGCUGGAAGAUUGUCCUCUAGGCUAAGGGUUCUUUCUCAUGUUUAUCAGUCCAAAAAUGAGUGAUUUGUUCUUUCUUGAGACUAUGACAUUUAGCUUCACCUCUUUACAACAUAUACCACUGCGACACAUGUUUUGACAGCUUCUGAUCCCUGGCCCAGUGUGUCCAUACUCACAGAUGUACCUGAGGAGUGCAGGCUCUGCUCAGCUCAGCACAUCUGGAAAUAAGGCAAAUGAGUAGACACAGCACUUCAAGCAUGUUGGCUAUAGCAUCUUUACUAAUCCUCAGUACCUGAAGCCAUGGCAAAAUUCACAUUGACAUCAAAAGGACAAGGGUUAGCAGCUCCCUACACAUCCAGUUAUUUUACUAGUUGGCCUCUUUGUCUACAAAACAGUUUGUAGGAAGGAACAUCCUUUGUAUUUCAUAAACAAAUAUGCAAAACCGCAUUUUAAUUACAUAUGAGCAUGAAGAAUUAUUUUGUUGAAUUAGAUUUCUUAUUCCUCUAUGCUGAAAUAAGCACAUUCAGAAAAUUUCCCCUCUCAUACAUUUAUGCUACCCUCCUGUUGCUUAUGAGGAAAUAAGACUAUUAUUUAAUAUACUCAAAAUGCAUCAAUUAACUGCUUACUUAAGUGCAACUCUUCUUUCCCUGCACCAUUGUAUCAAUGCAAUGUUACAAUACCCCAACAUUAAAAUAAUACUGGUAGAUUUUCUAGUGGUUAGGUGAAGAGAAAAGCUUUUUUAAAAAGCAGAAGUAACAUUUGUAUAGUUUUAUUUUCUUUUAGUGCUCUACAACUUGUAAAAAUGAAUCUUACUCACUCUGUUGCCUUUGUCACUGGAUUUUGUAGAAAAUUCUACUUAAAAUCUAUAGGAUUAUUUGGAAAGGAAAAAAAGGUCCUGUGUGGAAGUCACUUUCUAGUCUGUUCCACAGCAAUUCCCUAUAAUGAAAGUUAUAUUCUAAGUAUUAAAGACAUAUCCCUUUCUCUCUCAAAGAAAAAUACCCCAACCAACUCUGAAAAUCCCCCCAAACAAUGUAAUUUAUUUGACUUUCUCCUCUUUAUAGCAAUUUCAGUAGCAGUUACUAUGUAUUGGUCCUUUGGAGGCCAUCUCUUCUUUCCAGGGCCCCAUGGAUUGAGUACAGCUGCAGAGAGCCAAGGAAAUCAUCCCUGCACACAGUCCAUGAGUUAAACAGGAGUGGUGAUGUUUCCAUAAACCAAGUGGACACAUUUCAGAGCUAUUGUAAAAUACCUAUUUCAUGUAAUAUUCCUCACCCACAGUAACUCAAUUAUUCAUUGAUGCUUGAUUUGGUACUUCUGCAGCUUAGGAAGCAUUGCAAAAACAUGUGUACCUAGCCAUUGUUUUAAAGAGUAAGAGUUUAUGUUCACCCUGUUUAUCCCAAUAGACAAAAAUUGAUCCCUGAAACCAAAUUGAUUACACCAGGGAUGAAUUUAGUAUACUAAAAAUAUGUACUAAUUGAGCAGAAUUGCAGAACUUACAAAUAUUCUGUUUCUGUGGACCUAAUUAGAGUAUCCAUUAACUCCCAUAAUAUACUAGUAUUCAUGUUCUAAAAUCCAUAUGCAUUCUUGACUUUCUGUCAUUUCAUUUCAGAAUUUGCCACUAUGUUUUUAAGAAUUUCAAUGGCUCAAUACAAAAAAAGGAAUGCAAAAUUUUGUGGAGAUUUGACAUGAUAAAACGUUAUCUUCUUGAAAACAGCUUUUUACUUCAAAAUUUAUAUUACUGUAACUCAAGUAUUUGCAAAACACAUGAAGCAUUCAGGGCUUUAUUAUGAAAUCGAUCUCAGUUUGCAGUAGCCAGCAUUUUAGAGAAGAUACAUACACUUCUGCAAGAAAUCCAGGAAGCCCCAUUCUUUAAGCAUUGCCAGCAUAAUGCUGGUUUUAUGCUGAUUUUUUAAAAGGCAUCAUGUAGCCCAAAAUACACAAGAGCAACACGAAUGUAAUGCCUAAUCAUUUUCACAUUCAGAAAUCAAUCUUAUUUCCCUGGGACAGCUUUAGCAGGAAACAGCAGUGUUAACGUAAUUAGGUUUGAAGGUUAAUUCUUUGUUCAUGCGUGUCACAGGAGAUCGCAGCUCUUCAUUGUCAGGCUGUGAGAGGACUGUGGAACACCAGCACUGCUCCACAUCCCCGCCGGCACCUGGGGGCGCUUCCUGGGAACUGCUGCUCUUGCCAUACGGGAACCUUAUCCAUACAGGGGCAGGAGUUGCUCUAGAGCCAUAAAUUCAAGUGUAACCAUAGGCUGGAGACUUUGGCUGUGCUGAGGGUGAUUCAGACAUCCUUUUGUCUGUGUCAGCUCUCACAGCAGCUGGCUCUGGGAGUUAGGUCAAUUUGUACUCUGAAUGGUGUGGGAGAGCCCUAAUUCCUGGUACAUUUGUCACACUUCUUUUCUUUUGCCACGCAUGCCUUGCAUUUGCCUCAAAACAAUUCCUUGUCAGUUCGUUCAGAUCUAAGUAAUCCAAAGCAUUACUUUACAGAAGGACAAAGAAGGAAACUAAUACUCUCCUUUCUUUGAUUUUCUUCUCAUCUCACCUGCUCUGAUAAAACUGAGGCACAAUUGCAUUAGGAAUUAGAAGAGUUAUUACAAAAUAAACCCAGUUGUGAUGAAAAUUCAUCCACCUGCCAUUUUUUGGGGUAUUUACUGUUAGUUAUAUAGUAGAAGAUCAUGCUACUCUUAUGUAUUUAACACUUUCUCACUCUCAGAAGAGUUAUAACAAAGUAAACCCAGUUGUGAGGAAAAUUCAUCCACCUGCCAUUUUUUGGAGAAUUUACUGUUAGUUGUACAGUAGAAGAUCAUGCUACUCUUAUGUAUUUAAUUCCUUCUCAUUUUGUGUAAGGGCCACACAGGGCUUUUGCUGAACAUCUGUCUUCGAUCCAGUCUAAGAUGACCCACUGCCAUAAAUCCUAGCUUCUGAAACUUGCAGGUCCAUAAAAUAGUAGCUGGCACAAAGCAAUGGCAUGAUCCUCUGACAUGAUUCUUAGUGGGAGCUGCAUAGAAUGUACAAAAAGGGAUCAAAGAAACACACUGGCAUUUUUUUCUUUUAUCUCUAAAUGUGGCAAUUAUAGAGGCUGAAAGCUGGGAGUGAUGCUGGGAGCACUACAUACCAAAUCCCAUGUUUUCUCACAGAAAAGUCUGUCUUGAAGUGUGGGGUUUAUGUCUUCACUUUUUUCAUUUAUCUCAAUAAUAUGGCUGGGCUUAAAAUAGGGACCUGUGGCAUGGAAUUCAAAUGUGAUGACAGCUGAAAAAUAUGGGCUCUUACAAAAAUCACCUUUUACAAAUGUUUGUGAUUUUGCUGUAUUGUUUUUAAUGAGCUAAAAAUCAUUGUAGAAACACGAGUUGUACAUGCAUCAGUAAAUACACACGCACACAGCCUGAGAUGGCCCCCUUGCACAUUGCUGAGGGGAAGGGCCAGAGCUGCUCACAGGUGGCAACAUCACCACUCCCCUUCCCUCCUCCAAGGAGUGCCUGCCUACAAAACCAUUUCCCUUACACUCACCUGAGUGAAGUUAACUUAUGCCAUACUAUAGGGAAAGCUUAUGCUUGAAACUCUUUCAAGGGCUUCUUUAAAAGGUUCUUUCUUACCCAGGUUCUUCUGUAGCCAAAUUGCUGCAGUUCCCAUGUAGAACCUGUUAAAGCCUGUUAAAGUAUUCCAGAUUAACUACUCUAUAUUUCAGAGUGUCAUGAAAUUACAGCAAGAUAUUUCAUAAUCUCAGCUGUUUAACACACAAUUUCUGCACAUGCUUGAGGCAUACAGCAUAGUUACAUCAACUGAGAGCCUGGACUUUUGAUGGUCUGUGAAGCUUCCUGUCUAGUCCUAACAGAGUUAAAAUUGUAAAUUGAAGCUUCUGCAUUGCAGAAGCAAAUUUAAUUCUCCUAAGCCAGAGGCUGAGCAACCUCUGAUGCCAGUUCAUAUGAUGGGAAGGAUGGUUGCACAGCAUCAGGGAUGCGCCAGCUCACUGCAGAGACCAUUAAAUACCAACAGGAGUGGAUGAUGACCGUAGAGAGAAGCAUUUCUUCUCCAAUCCAUGGAUGGUGGCAUACCUCGCUUAAUCCUGAUAUCCUCAUUGUCUGUGUUUUGCAACUCCCAAGGCUUUUGCAUUGGCAACACACAGCAAUUUUUAAAGACAUAAGGCUGGCUGUUGCUAGCUAUCCUAAGAUUUGUGAGAGGUUUCCAAAUAACCAUAGCAAACAAAACUGUGAAUGAUUUGUCAAUGCAAAGUUAAUAAUCUCUCUCUCUCUCGCAUUUAUUGUGCUCAUCCCAGGGUUAUCUGAGCUUCCAUACCUGUUCCUGGAAAUAAUAAACCAUUUUAUUAUUGUCUUUAUCUUUUCUUCUUUCUCCUUCUCAAGCAACCUUUCAAAACAAACACACAAAAAAAAUCCCUUGGAAAUGUAGCACCCUUUUGCCACCAAAUUCACAAACAGCAGUCUCGUGCUCACUUAUGCAAACUUUUGAAGCUCACAAAGGGCAUGAUGAUUCUGCAAAGAAUGGAGGUGCUGAAAGUAGCUGAAAUAGUAGCGUUCAGUAGCAUUCAGUAGCGUUCAGCUAUAGUAUUUCAAACAAACUACCUUCAAACCCUCCUGGACAGGAAAUAAAACACAACCCAAACCAUCAUCUUACUUUGAGUGGUCCUACUUAAGUAUUGAGCAAACUUUAUAAUAAUGGUAAUAAAUUGGUGCUUGAGGCAGUUUCAGCUAUAUUACAUAUUCUCUAUAUACUAUAGAUAUGGAUGUAUUCACCCUCUUUAUUGUAUAUGUGUGUGUGUGAGUAUUUACAUGUAGCACACAUACAUAUAUGUUUUAUGUAUGCAUAGAUACUAACUUUUCUACAUUUUACUUCUUUCCCACCCAUAGCUGAAACUGCUGGUUACUAACAUCCACAUCCACAUCAUAUUCUAUGUAUGAAGGAUAUAAUUUAUUUGUAAACUCAGGAUGUUCUUGUUUUAUAGAGUUGCUUGUAUUUUAUAAUUUAUUUACACAUCAUGGUUGGAAAUGCUUAUCUAAGUGCUAUGCAUUGAAGUGUAUGUUUGCUAAAUCCAUUUCACUCUGUCCAUGGCUAUGUUCUUUCUCAUUAUAACAGUGGUAUAAAAUAGGGCUAAGGAGGAGAGAAACUGAUAGAUGUAGAACUUAUUCUGGUCCCAUCAUUGGGCAAUUCCAGGAGAGGAUGUAUCAGUAGUAUAUAUAUAUAUAUAUAUUUUAUCAGCUAAAUUUUAUGGGGAAAAAAGGAGAAAGAACAGCAUGAGGACAAGUUCAAAAUGUGGAAAGUCACAGCCAUUUCCAAGUUUGUCAAAAAUUGCAUUGAACCUUUUGCCAUUAAAAUUGUAAAGUUUAUUGUUUGCUGGCUAAAAAUAUCCCUUUUGUGGUAUUUGAGGUGUGAAACAUUGUCAAAAAUAUGAUGUCUGGAAAAAAUCAAACUAUAGUGGCAUUAAAUGUUUACUUUUAUCUUA